CUAUCAUUUUAUAUUGUACUUUGGAACAAUUAUUUGUUUUGGGAUUGUGCUCUUUUUUCUUUGCUUUCUUAGGUUACAGCGCUAGCAAGGAGUCUGGGAGACCGGGAGAGUGAAGAGUGAAAGAAAGAGAGUGUUCCCUAAUAGCUUGUUGUGUGCAAGUCUGCAAGAUAUUAUCUUUUCUUCCCAUUCCCACUGUUAGCAGGCUCAGGUUUUGGCUUCGAUUUCCAUUACCAGAUAGAGCUUUACCGGUUCUUGUUUCCUUUAGAGUUUUCCAGACGAUACGAGGGGAUAGAAGAAAUCCAUGGAGAGUGUAGCAGAGUCUGCUGCAUUUUCUACUGAUUUACCUGCUAAGAGACAGAGGGAAGAUGAAGCUGCGGCCGAGAACAAACAGAAUGGUAUUUCCGUUGAGAUGGAGGUCGUGAAAGAGCCUGAUUCUAUCUCCUCUGUCAUUCCCGGGUGGUUUUCCGAGAUUAGCCCAAUGUGGCCUGGAGAGGCACACUCCUUGAAGGUAGAAAAGAUCUUGUUCCAGGGAAAAUCUGAAUACCAAAAUGUUAUGAUAUUCCAGUCAUCAACAUAUGGGAAGGUUCUUGUCUUGGAUGGGGUGAUUCAGCUCACAGAGAGGGACGAAUGUGCAUACCAAGAAAUGAUUACUCACCUUCCCCUUUGUUCUAUUUCAAACCCCAAGAAGGUGUUGGUGAUUGGAGGAGGAGAUGGUGGUGUUCUGCGGGAAGUGUCUCGCCAUUCUUCAGUUGAACAGAUAGAUAUAUGUGAAAUUGAUCAAAUGGUUGUUGAUGUUUCCAAGCAAUUUUUUCCAGAUUUGGCAGUUGGAUAUGAGGAUCCUCGUGUAACCCUACACAUUGGCGAUGGAGUUGCAUUUUUGAAUGCUGUUCCUGAAGGUACUUAUGAUGCAAUUAUAGUGGAUUCGUCAGACCCAAUUGGGCCUGCACAAGAGCUUUUUGAGAAGCCGUUCUUUGAGUCAGUGGCAAGGGCUCUCCGCCCAGGAGGAGUUGUCUGCACCCAGGCGGAAAGCAUAUGGCUUCACAUGCACAUCAUUGAAGAUAUUGUUGCUAACUGCCGUCAAGUAUUCAAAGGCUCGGUUAAUUAUGCAUGGACGACAGUUCCUACAUAUCCAAGUGGGGUGAUAGGUUUCAUGCUUUGCUCCACUGAAGGGCCAGCAGUUGAUUUCAGGCAUCCAGUGAACCCAAUAGAUGUGUGUGGAGAUCAUGUAAAAACCAAGGGACCCUUGAAGUUUUACAACUCGGAGAUCCACUCGGCAGCUUUCUGCUUGCCAUCUUUCGCAAGGAAGGUGAUUGAUUCCAAGACUUAGAUAACUGAGGAUCAGAAUUUGGAUAUUGCAGUUUAACAAGGCAGCCAUGAUCGUUGAAUAAAAGCGGGGUUUUAAUUUUAUUUGGUAGCCUUAGCAGGAGGAGAGUAUGUUAAAUCAAAGAAAGCUGUGGUGGGAAUAUUGAGAAAUUAAGAAUUUAUUGUCAUCUAUCAUGUUGUGACUCCUUCAGUUAUUCAUAUGCGAGAGGCACCUUCAUAAUUCAUUCCCAGGAGUUUCUAGCA